UGCGAGAGAGAGAGAGAGAGAGAGAGAGAGCGACUGCAAUGAGUGCCAUGAGAGCGGUAGCAUUUUCACCAUCAAAUCAAUGGUACGAUAAAAUCCAAACCCAUUUCUCAAACCACCCAAACAGAGCAAUCAACACAAACCCACAUCUUCAAUUCAACAACACCACCCAAAACCAAUCCAAUAGAAGAAACCUAUUUCCCUGUUUCUCCACAGAUGCAUCAAAAACUCCAAACCCACCAACCCCUCUCACCAUCACAAACUCGCCUCUUGUUGUAGUGGGCUCAGCCAAUGCAGACAUCUAUGUGGAGAUUGACAGGCUGCCCAAAGAAGGCGAGACCAUUUCAGCCAAGAAUGGCCAGACCCUGGCUGGUGGCAAAGGCGCCAACCAGGCUGCCUGUGGAGGCAAGCUUUCUUACCCAACAUACUUUGUGGGUCAGGUGGGUGAAGAUGCCCAUGGGAAGCUGAUCACUGAGGCUCUGCAGAGUGGUGGGGUCCACCUUGAUCACUUGAGUGCUGUUUCUGCUGCACCCACUGGGCAUGCUGUGGUGAUGUUGCAAUCUGAUGGGCAAAACUCCAUCAUCAUUGUUGGUGGUGCCAACAUGCACUGCUGGCCUGAGAAGCUUUCUGAUGAGGAUUUGGAGGUUGUGAGGAAUGCUGGGAUUGUUUUGCUUCAGAGGGAGAUCCCAGAAUCGGUCAACACUCAGGUUGCAAAGGCUGCCAAGAGUGCAGGCGUACCAGUCAUUUUGGAUGCUGGAGGAAUGGAUGCACCAAUCUCCCAGGAAUUAUUGAACUUUGUUGAUAUUUUGAGCCCAAAUGAAACUGAGCUUGGUCGUUUGACAGGAAUGCCGACUGAAAACUUUGAACAGAUUAGUCAUGCUGUGGUGAAAUUUCAUAAAAUGGGUGUUAAGCAAGUCCUAGUGAAGCUUGGGUCCAGAGGGUCUGCUCUAUUUGUAGAAGGUGAAGAACCAAUUAAACAAUCUGUCAUCUCUGCUGCAAAAGUACUCGAUACAACUGGAGCUGGUGAUACGUUUACUGCCUCUUUUGCGGUGGCUCUUGUGGAGGGCAAGUCCAAAAGGGAGUGCUUGAGAUUUGCGGCUGCGGCAGCUUCUCUUUGUGUUCAAGUGAAAGGAGCCAUUCCUAGCAUGCCAGAGAGAAAAUCAGUUUUGAAUCUUCUUCAGUCUCAUUGAGGAUAGCUUGUAUCUAAGAUAGGUACAAUAAAUUUUCAACAUGCUUGAUGGAUGUUGCCUUUCAAAAUGUAUGCCUUUAUAAAGACCCCAAAAAAACUGCCAAACAAAGAAGCUUGCAGAUGGCACACUUUGAGGUGA